ACGCAUUCCGUCGUAGUCACCCUGACGAUCAACGAAACGAACACCGAGAACUACGGGGAAAACCAGUCAUCCUCUUCAAUAACGUCGUUUUUCUUUAUCAAGGAUACAAAGUUUCGAUUUCAUUUCUUCUUUUCACUGCAUCCCCUUUUCCUUUAAUAAAUCCUGUGCAACCACGAAGAAGGAGGAUCCAUCCCCUGACUUCAAAACAAUCACGGAAGCGCCAAAUCACUGGGGAUAAAAAAAGUGAACAGAUAAAGAAAUUAGAAGAAAUAAAUUACCAAGACAAGAAAAUUCAUACUUGGAUAAUCUGCAGCGGUAUACAUUUGGCUGGAAGGACGCCGAAAGUAUUGAAGGAAUACUCGAAUUUUCAAAGAACAAGCAACUGAAGCGGAUACUGCAAAGGAAGAAAUAAUAAUGACAUGGACAACAAGUUGCUCAUCGCGGAUGACAAGAACAAGGAGAACGAGUACGACGACAUCCAGAUUGGCCAUGACUUUAGUCUUGAUCAUAGGGUUGAAUGCAAUGUCGGUGCUGCCAAGUCAGGCAGCGUCCACUUUGGACCGUAAAUUAACUUUGGAGAAAAAUGAUCUUUCUGAACCUCUAUCGUCAUCGACUUGGAAAGCACGCUACUGGGAAUGGCUUGUUUCAUUGGCCAAAGACUGCGACAAGGAAAUGCAGGUAGAUGGGAAAUUGGAUUCUGAGAUAGAUCCAUGGAGAGAAGGUAGUAGAAGCUUUGAUGUGGAAUUAAAAUCAACUUCCCCAUCUGUCAGACAAGUUGCCAGUAGGCUCUCGAAGAAGGAUGUAUUCGUAUCACGUGGCUGGGGUGCUGGUGGUAUGCCGUUCUCUGUACUUUACAUGAGUCCACAUAACACACGGAAUAAUGGACCAAGUAAUGGCGUACCAGGAAGUGGUUUAGUGGAGCCUGCACGAGCUCUUCCUUUGGAACAUUCCCUGACACCGGCAACGGUAUCCAGGCAUCCACCGAAUUAUCGGCUGGCGCCUAGAAAUGGAGCUUCCGGUCAACCAAGACGGCAAUAUUCAAUAAUACCUCAACUCUUUGUGUCCUAUGGUUGGGGACCGCUUGGGAGAUAG